AUGCGCUCGCCAUGGGCACUUUGUUUGAUUGCUACGACCUGGUGCCUUUUUGCCACCCACCGUGCGCUCAGUGCGCUCUUCGCUGCGCCAGGACUCGGCAGAACUGCCAGCGACGCGGUGGUGGAAGAGGUGAUUCGAAUUAUCAAGCAGGAAUGCCCCUCCUUCGGAGGUGAGGUGUCUCGCGCCACGCGGACCCAGACGCUGCAGGCCGAAGCCGAUUCCCUGGACACGUUGGAGGCAAUGAUGGAGUUGGAGGAUCACUUCAAGGUGGAGUUGGAGGAUGAAUGGAUGGAGGAGGUGGAAACUGUGCAAGACUUGGCCGACCUCAUUUGGCGAACCCCAAGGGGCUUGAAGCUCCGGACAGUGGACGAUGAAACCUACAUCGCGAUGAUUCGCAAGUCCCACGCGGAAAACCGCUGGGGUGAGCUCUACGAUGGAUGGGAGAAGGACAUUCCUCCCCAGUACGAGCAUCGCGGGCCCUCCCUGGCGGAAGAAGCGGAGAGAGAGAAACAGGCUGAGUCAAAGACACCAGCAGUCGAUGUGGCCUCGCUGACGGUGCCACAGUUGAGGGCCGCCCUGAGGACGUUGGGCCUCGAAGACUCAGGGACGAAGCUUGAGCUCCGAGAGAGAUUAGCAGGAGACCAGGAUCGCCGCGCGCCUUGA